AUGGGGAGGGGAAAAAUUGAGAUCAAGAAAAUUGAGAACGUCAACAGCAGGCAAGUCACCUUCUCAAAACGCCGCGCCGGCUUACUGAAGAAGGCUAAGGAGUUGGCUAUUUUGUGCGAUGCAGAGGUUGGCGUUAUAGUUUUCUCGAGCACUGGAAAGCUUUAUGAAUUUGCCAGUACUCGCAUGGAGCAAAUUCUUGCGAGGUACAACACCAAUCCAGAAUCUUCAAAGCUUAUUACAAUGGAGAAUAAAACAGAGCCUCAGGCAGAUGCUUUGAAAUCUGAAAUUGCGAAGCUACAGUUGGUGCAGCGUCAAAUGACGGGCAAGGAACUUGGAGGGCUGAAUUUUCAGGAGUUGCAGCACCUGGAGCAUCAGUUGCAUGAAGGGAUAUUAGCUGUUAAGGACAGGAAGGAGCAGGUCUUGCUGGAGCAGCUUGAAAAAUCCAAAUUGCAGGAACAGAAGGUUGUGCUAGAAAAUGAAGCUCUUCGUGAACAGGUUGAGGAGUAUCGCUUAAGGUUGUAUCGAGAAAAUGGUCAACUUGGAAGGAAGAAUUCUGGUGUAUGCUCAAGCACAGUCUGUGACUGCAGAUCAGAGAAAGAUGGAAAUUCAGACACUUCAUUGCGCUUGGGGUUAUCAGUUGAUAUAUGUCACAAAAGGAAAAAACCAAAGACUGAAUCCACAUCCAAUGAUUCAGAGACUCUAAUGGUGUUAGAGUAG